AUGGAUGCCAGUGAAAAUAAACAUUUCAUGUUAAAUAACAAAUUCGCUGGUUGUAUCCCGCUCAAACACUUGUUUGGAUUUUGUGAAGAUUAUAAAAAAAUACUACUCAACUGUAAUCAACAAAUAAUUUUAAACAGAUCGUCUACAGAUUUUGAUGAGUUGUAUGUUUUGACGACAACUCCUAAUGAAAAACUUAAAAAAGUAGCCAUUGAAUUAAAUAAAAUUAUCUGGAAGAUGCCCAUCAUCAGAGUUAGUGAUAAAGAAAAAAUAAAACUGUUAAAAGUAUUAGACUCUCGUAAACCAGUUGCAUGUGCGUUCAGAAAUUGGGACUUGUGCGAGUAUCCAGUUCUCCCUCAGAACACUUCUCAUUCGUGGACGGUAAAAUCAAGCAGUUUGUUGGAGAAACCUAGAUUUGCAUUAAUCGGACUUCAAACCGAUCGAAAAAAUAAUUCAUUUAAUCCAUCAGGACGAUUCGAUCACUGCUAUUUGAAAAACCUAAAAGUACAUUUAAACUCUGAAGUAUAUCCAUAUGAAGAUUUUCGUGCAGAUUUCACAAACAAUGUUACGGCUAUAUUGUACAAGGCAUAUGCUGAAUUCCAGAAAUCGUACUACGAGAGAGAGUAUAGUGACCCUUUACUUCCUAAAAAUAUUUUUCAACAAUUUGUACCAAUCGUAGUCGUGGAUUUAUCACGACAGAAUGACAACGUAAAAUCAUCGACUGUAGAUUUACGAAUUGAAUUCGAAACAGACAAGGCCAUUCCAGCAAAAACCGCAGCUUAUUGUCUCAUUUUACACGAUCAAAUUAUAACUUAUAACCCGUUUAAUGGUGAUGUAAGGAAAUUGUAA